UCUUUGCCAUUCUUUUUCAAUUGCUCUUUUCCACAACUCCGUUGGUUUUGUUGAAUGGUGGAUUUACAAUACUCAGUCUUUUGGGGCAGAGAAUGUGCAUGCUUCUACACUAACCCCAGAUGCUGACCGCGGGCAGCUUUUCAGAGAGAGAAAGAGAGAAGAGAGAAAAAGAGGCAAAAUAUGGGUUCAUCGGGCAAUGCUGGCUCGGACGGGUACCCUAUAGAUCCACAGAACUUCCCCAUCUCCCAAAAUUGGGGUUCUCCUUAAAUUUUGAGCACAAAAGCUUUUAAAGCGUUCAAAUUCGAAACCCAUAAGAGUUCUUCAUUGCUUGUUCUUGCCUCACUUGGAAUCUCAACCUACCCUUUGAUCGCUGCCCCAUUGGGUUUCCAUUUCGUAUCUCCUUUUCUAAGCUCUUUUGACUCUGUUUUUCCCAUUACUUGUUUGAGCAUUGGUGAAAUUAGAAGACCCAGUUGGGCGAUUCCCUUUGUGGGCGGUUUUGGGCUAUGUGUUCCUGUUUGGUAGCUGGGAAAAUCAUAAUGCCAAGAAACAGAGAUUUUCCUUGUUCACCCCUUUUCUUCUCUCUCUCUUGCUCCCUUGAUAGAACAGAGGAUUGCCCAUUUGAUUAUAUGCUUUCAUUUCUUUUUACUUCAUCAUUAUAGAACAAGGGCUUGUGUUUUUCCUCACUCAAAACUGAAAUUUGUGGUGGGUUUCUACUUAUUGCUGUGAAUCUGGGGGUUAUAUGAACUUUGUACAACAAUGAGAGAUGAGAAUUCGAAGAAAAACAAGUUUUCAUGGCCUAAAACACUGGUUAAGAAGUGGUUCAAUAUGAAGAACAAGGCUGAGGAUUUUGUAUCAGAUGAAAUAGCUUACAGAGGUGGCGAUCAAGAGUGGAGGAACAGGGAGACGUGCACUGUCAAGAAAAGCAAAACAGACCGAUCCAACAAACGGUAUCCAGAUCGAACCCGGAGAGGCAAGAUUGACCUCAAUGCUACACAAGUUACUGAUGUGCAAAAUUACAGGGUUUUUGUUUCUACUUGGAAUGUGGCUGGUAAGUCUCCUCCUAAUUGUUUGAAUCUCGAAGACUGGCUUCAUACGUCGCCUCCAGCGGAUAUCUAUGUUCUUGGGUUUCAAGAAAUUGUUCCUUUGAAUGCUGGUAAUGUGUUGGGCACAGAAGACAAUGGUCCAGCCAAGAAAUGGUUGGCUUUGAUUAGGAAGACUCUGAACAGUCUUCCUGGCACGAGUGGGAGUUGUCGCACGCCUUCUCCUAUCCCCGACCCAGUUGUGGAAUUAGAAGCUGAUUUCGAAGGAGCAACGAGGCAGAAGGGUUCGUCGUUUUUCCAUCGAAGAUCGUUUCAAUCACUGAGCCGUAGCAUGAGAAUGGACAAUGACAUGUCUGUGCCACAACCACGACUCGAUCGACGGUUCAGUGUCUGUGAUCGGGUUAUGCUUGGACAUCAACCGUGUGAUCAUGAUCCCAGUUACCGAUGGGGAUCCUCAGAUGAUGAGAAUGGAGAUUCGCCCGUUGCCUCACAUUAUUCACCUUUCUCUUAUAAUGGUUUUCUUCCCAUGGAGGAUCGAGAUAUUAGGCAUUCCGGUCACUCGAGGUACUGUUUAGUUGCUAGCAAACAAAUGGUUGGCGUAUUUUUGACCGUAUGGGUGCGGAACGAUCUCCGUGAUGACAUUCGAAACAUGAAAGUAUCUUGCGUCGGUCGAGGAUUAAUGGGUUAUCUUGGAAAUAAGGGAUCCAUUUCCAUUAGUAUGUCUUUGCACCAAACAAGUUUCUGCUUCAUCUGCACUCAUCUGACCUCGGGUCAAAAGGAGGGUGACGAACUUCGGAGAAACUCCGACGUCAUGGAGAUUCUCAGAAAAACACGGUUUCCUCGAGUCCACGGCAUGGGAGACGAGAACUCUCCUCAGACAAUUUUAGAGCACGAUCGAAUUAUUUGGCUCGGGGACUUGAAUUAUCGGAUUGCAUUGUCGUACCGAUCGGCAAAGGCUCUCGUGGAGAUGCAAAAUUGGAAGGCGUUGUUAGAGAACGAUCAGUUACGACUCGAGCAAAGACGGGGCCAUGUCUUUGAAAGAUGGAAUGAAGGAAAGAUAUACUUUCCUCCCACGUACAAGUACUCAAAUAAUUCAGACCGAUAUGCUGGAGAUACGAGGCACCCGAAGGAGAAGAGAAGAACUCCUGCUUGGUGCGAUCGCAUACUAUGGUACGGAAGAGGCCUUCACCAACUGUCGUAUGUACGUGGAGAAUCAAGAUUCUCAGAUCAUAGACCCGUGUACUGCAUGUUCUUAGCCGAGGUCGAAUCUAUAAACCAUAGCCGCAUCAAGAAAAGUAUGAGCUACUCGAGUUCCCGAAUCGAAGUAGAAGAGCUGUUGCCUUGUAUGUAUGGACACCCUGAAAUGAACUUCUGAGGGAUAUUCUUUCCACAGCCUGCUUUACCAAGCCAACCAACAACGUAUGAUCUAAUCUCAUACUCUACAAGGUCGGACUCCUUCAGCGUUCGACCAUCAUACUCGAUUUCCUCAUAAAUCCAACUAAAACUCACUCUCUCAAGGUACUCCCGUUAUCUCAGUGCUGCAGAAAUGGAAAAAGAAAAGGAAUAAGUUGCUUCUUUUACACAGCAAUGGCACCCCUCUGAGUAUCUGCAACAUCAACAACAAGGUGGUGCCUACACACUGCAAAUCUGUUCAUCACUAAGAUUCAAACUCAUAUGUUCAACAAAAUAAACAACAAAUUCAAUUGUUCAUUGCUGGUGAUGAUUCUUUUGUAUUAUUUCUAUAAAUGGUUUAAUAAUAUUUAUAUUU